UGAGAGCUGCUGAGGAGCGAACCGAGACGGGCGCCUUGCGUGCCGGCUGCCGCGCCUCUACCCGCCGCCAUGAGAAGCUGCAUGAGAUUGUUUUGGAUCCUAAACUGAUCCAUGCUUUCCAGCUCUCCCUUACAACCUUCACAGGCAGCCAAGAUGAAGCUGAAGCAUAACAUCAACCCUGUUCUCCUACAGUUUAUAAACUUAAUAAUCCUGCUGUACACCUUUGUAACCUACAUUCCAUGGUACAUAUUUUCAGGAUCAAGGCAGGCUAUAGAAAAAGCCAAGCAGGUUAAAGCCAGACCUGUGAAUAACAAGCCUGGGGGUGCAUACAGAUCUGUGAACAGCCUGCACUGCUUAGCUUCAGUUUUAUACCCUGGGUGUGACACUCUUGACAAGGUUUUUAAAUACGCUAAAACAAAAUACAAGGACAAGAAACUCCUGGGAACACGUGAAAUCCUUAAGGAGGAGGAUGAAAUCCAGCCAUCAGGCAAGGUUUUUAAGAAGGUCAUCCUUGGCAAGUACACCUGGCUGUCGUAUGAAGAUGUGUACGCAAAAGCUGUUAACUUUGGGAAUGGCUUAGCGGUGUUGGGUCAGCAGCCAAAGACCAACAUUGCCAUCUUCUGUGAGACCAGAGCAGAGUGGAUGAUUGCAGCACAGGCCUGCUUCAUGUGCAACUACCAGCUUGUAACUCUGUAUGCUACUCUGGGAGGCCCAGCAAUAGUACAUGGGCUAAAUGAAACAGAGGUGACCACCAUCAUUACAAGCAAAGAAUUGAUGCAAACAAAACUGAAGGAAAUAGUUUCUCAAGUUCCCCUCCUGCGACACAUUAUUACGGUGGAUGGCAAGCCGACGACAUGGUCUGAGGUCCCCAAGGGGGUCAUUGUGCACACCAUGGCCUCUGUGCAAGCCAUGGGGGCUAAGGCAGAGCCUGGAAACAAGCAGCAGGCUAGGCCUGUGCCCUCUGAUGUUGCAGUGAUCAUGUACACGAGUGGAUCCACAGGAAUUCCUAAAGGUGUGAUGAUCUCCCACUGCAACUUAAUCGCUGGGAUAACUGGAAUGGCUGAGAGGAUUCCAAAUCUGGGGGAAAAAGACAUCUAUAUUGGCUAUCUGCCUCUUGCCCACGUUCUGGAGCUGAGUGCUGAGUUGGUGUGUCUGUCCCACGGGUGCCCCAUUGGUUACUCUUCACCUCAGACAUUAGCUGACCAGUCCUCUAAAAUAAAGAAAGGAAGCAAAGGUGAUGUUACCACCCUGAAGCCGACCCUAAUGGCAGCUGUCCCGGAAAUUAUGGAUCGCAUCUACAAAAACGUCAUGAAUAAAGUGAACGAAAUGACCACUUUCCAGCGCAACCUCUUUAUCCUGGCCUACAACUACAAAAUGGAGCAGAUUUCCAAAGGUUACACCACCCCACUCUGUGACAGCCUUAUUUUCCGGAAGGUCCGAAUGCUGCUGGGAGGAAAGAUUCGCAUCCUGCUCUGUGGAGGAGCUCCGCUCUCGGCAGCAACCCAGCGGUUCAUGAACAUUUGCUUCUGCUGCCCUGUAGGGCAAGGAUAUGGCCUAACAGAGUCAGCUGGAGCUGGGACCAUCACAGAAAUUUGGGACUACACUACAGGGAGAGUGGGAGCACCUUUGGUCUGUUGUGAAAUCAAGUUAAGGAAUUGGGAAGAAGGUGGCUAUUACAACACUGACAAACCAUAUCCUAGAGGGGAGAUUCUUAUUGGAGGGCCAAAUGUCACAGUGGGCUACUACAAGAAUGAAGUUCGAACCAAAAAAGAUUUCACUGUUGAUGAGAAUGGGCAGAGGUGGCUCCACACUGGGGACAUUGGAGAGUUUCAGCAUGAUGGAUGUCUGAAAAUUAUUGAUCGUAAAAAAGAUCUUGUGAAGCUUCAGGCAGGAGAAUACGUUUCUCUGGGCAAAGUAGAAGCAGCUCUGAAGAAUCUUCCUCUGGUAGAUAACAUUUGUGCAUAUGCAAGCAGUUUCCAUUCUUAUGUCAUUGGAUUUGUUGUGCCAAACCAAAAGGAGCUUGCAGAACUGGCUCGAAAGAAAGGGUUUAAAGGAACUUGGGAAGAGAUCUGUAACAGUCCUGAGAUGGAGAAAGAGGUACUGAAGGUGCUGGCUGAGGCUGCCAUGGCAGCUAACCUGGAGAAGUUUGAGAUCCCGGUGAAGAUCCGUUUGAGCCCGGACCCGUGGACCCCGGAGACGGGGCUGGUGACGGACGCGUUCAAGCUAAAGCGCAAAGAGCUGACGGCGUACUAUCAGACGGACAUCGACCGCAUGUACGGCAAAGCCGUCAAAUAGGCCCCUCCUGGCUGCUGGGUUUCCUUCCUUGGCUGCAGUGAGCUCGGAUCAACUAGGAAAUACUUGAAUUGCCUGUCUCGACACUUGGGAGCCACACACACAACCCCCCGUUUCUCAUCUGCAGCUCCAGCUCUUCUUUCGGCUGACAUCGCCACCACCGCCGGCGAGUUCAGUAAAACCUGGCAGCAAAUUCGUCUU